CGGAGCAGCUCAGUCGCCAGCGGAGCUCAAGACGGCGGAUGAACGGAGCCGAGCGCGUGCGUCGCCCUCGUCGUUUUUUACAGCAGCUGAACAUGAUGCUCAAAGUCGUCCUUCUCCUCGGGGUGCUCGUCUGCGGCGGCCAAGCCGCACUGCAGGUGUCCAUAUCCUUGAACAAAGUGGAGCUGAGUGUCGGAGAGUCCAAGUUCUUCAUCUGCACAGCGAUUGGCGAGCCGGUGAGGCUGGAGUGGUACAACCCCCAGGGCGAGCGCAUCCUGGCCUCCAAGCGGAUGGCGCUCCACACGGAGACGUCGCGAUCCAGGCUCAUCAUAUACAACGCCAUCAUCGAGGACGCGGGCAUCUACCGCUGCCAGGCCACCGACGGCGGCGGCCACACCGAGGAGGCCUCGGUGGUGCUGGAGAUCUACCAGAGGCUGACGUUUCGGGAUGUUCAGUCACCGCAGGAGUUUCGCCACGGCGAGACGGCGGAGGUGGUCUGCGACGUCAUCAGCUCCCCGGUGCCCGUGGUGGUGUGGUACUACCAGGACAGAGAGAUCACCGAGGAGCACCACAGCAGGUUCCAGGUGCUGCCAAACAACAACCUCCAGGUCCGUCAGGUGACCAAGGCCGACGAGGGCGUGUACCGCUGCGAGGCCAGCGUGGAGGCCCGGGGCGAGAUCGAUUUCGUGGACAUCGCCGUGGUGGUCAACGUCCCUCCGGUGUUGUCAGUGUUCCAGCAGUCCUUCAACGCCACCGCCGACUACCAGGAAUCCGUCACCUUCACCUGCAUGACCUCCGGAUCUCCUGACCCGGUGGUCACAUGGCACAGGAAAGGGCAGCAGCUGGAGCCGUCUGAGCAGUACAUCAUCAUCCGGCAGGAGGAAGGAGGCCGCAGCAUGUUGACCAUCCGCAACAUCCGGCAGGUGGACGGGGGCUCCUACACCUGCAGGGCCACCAACAAGGCGGGCUCCCAGGAGCGCGAGAUCUUCCUCAAAGUGUUCGUCCAGCCCCACAUCACCCAGCUGAAGAACGUGACCGCCGUCGAGGGCAGCGCCGCCAUGAUCUCCUGCGUGGCCGAGGGCGAGCCGCUGCCCGACAUCUCCUGGAGGAGAGCCGGCGACGGCCAGAGCUUCGUGGACGGAGACAAGAGUCAGGACGGGCGCUUCGAAGUCCGCGGCCGCCACGGCAAGUCGGUGUUGACCAUCAGCGGCGUGAGGCUCACGGACCUGGGCCGGUUUGACUGCGAGGCCCUGAGCCGGAUCGGAGGUCACCAGAAGAGCAUGUUCCUGGACAUCGAGUAUAUCCCGAAGUUCCUGACCAACCACACCAUCUUUUACUCGUGGGAGGGGAACCCGGUGAACAUCAGCUGCGAUGUGACGUCCAACCCCCCCGCCACCAUGCUGUGGAGGAGGGAGCGCUUCACCAUCUCCGCCGAGGGGUCCGCCAACACGCGGGUGUACAGCGCCGACAGCAAGUCCGUGCUGGAGGUGACUCCGUUGUCCGACAGGGACUUCGGCCGCUACAACUGCACCGCCAGGAACAACAUCGGCGUUCGAUACCAGGAGUUCAUUCUGGCCCAGGCAGACGUCCCAUCGAACCCGUACUCGGUGCGUCUGUCGGCCGUUUCCCAGCGCCUGGCGACCGUCACCUUCAUGAAGCCCGACUCACACGGCGGCGUGCCCAUCAGCUACUACCUGGUCCAGUACAAGGAGGUGGCCUCGCAGGACUGGAGGGACGUCAAGUCCCACAGCAUCCAGACGACCGUGGUGCUGACGGGGCUGGAGCCCAACACGACGUACGAGGUUCGAGUGGCAGCUGUCAACGGGAAGGGUCAGGGAGAGUUCAGCCACACGGAGAGCUUCCAGACCAUACCCAUCCGAGAGCCGAGUCCUCCGGCGGUCCACGGGCAGCGAGGGAUGGGCAAGGCCUACAGGCUGGGCCUGGUGAAGCAGGACGACGGAGGGAUGCCCAUCGUGGAGUACAUCGUCAAGUACAAGCCGGAUAAGGAGGAGCAGUGGAUGACCAAGCUGGUGCCGGGAGCCAAUGACUUUGCGAUGCUGCAGCCGCUGCAGUGGAACACGAGAUACGAGGUGGAAAUCACAGCGCGCAACGUGAAGGGCCUGUCGGAGCCCACCUUCUAUCAGUUCUUCAUGCCGCAGAAACCCGACAUCACAGCAGAAUCCCUGUUCAGCGGCAUGAGCCUGGGGACGGUGGUGGGCCUGGGCCUGGGGGCGCUGCUGCUGCUCCUCGUGCUGGUGGACGUCAGCUGCUUCUUCCUGCGUCACUGCGGCCUGCUGAUGUGCAUCACGCGCACGCUGUGCAGCAAGAAGAGCACGACCGGCGGCAAGGGCAAAGACAUCGAGGAGGGCAAGGCCGCCUACCUGAAGCUACCGCUGAAGGAAGAAAAUGGAAAAGAGUCUCUCAAGCCGGAUACGAUUGAAAUCAAAGUGCACGGCGACCACAGCAUCCACACAAAGCUCGACGUCAGCAAAGCGUAA